AUGAAACUGGUUUCCGGUCGACAGCUUACUUUCGUCCGCUCAAAUUGCUUUUUCACGGCCUACUUGCUUUCCUUUCAACAAAUUGGUUUCCUCCCGGCAGCUUACAUUCCGACGCUCAAAUUCUUAGUUACGUACGUUCAAAUUGCAUUUUUACGGCCUACUUGCUUUCCUUUCAACAAAUUGAUUUUUUCCCGGCUGCUUACAUUCCUACUCUCAAAUUGCUUUCCUUCGGCCAAAUUGCUUUCCUAUCAUGAAACUGGUUUCCGGCCGCCAACUUACUUACGUACGUUUAAAUUGCUUUUUUACAGCCUACUUGCUUUCCUUUCAACUAAUUGGUUUCCUCCCGGCAGCUUAUAUUUCUACGCUCAAAUUGCCUUCCUUCGGCCAAAUUGCUUUCCUUUCAUGAAACUGUUUUCCUUCGGCCAACUUGUUCUCCUUGCAACAAAUUGUUUUCCUCCCGGUAGCUUACUUUCCUACGGCCAAAUUGCUUUCCUACGGUUAAUUUGCUUACCUCUCAUGAACCUGGUUUCAUCCCUGCAGCUUACAUUCCUGCGCUCGAAUUGCUUUCCUACUGCCAACUUGCUUUUCUUUCAACAAAUUUGUUUCCUUCUUGAAGCUUACUUUCUUACGCUCAAAUUGCUUUCCUACGGACAACUUGCUUUCCUAUCAUGA